CAGUCAGUUGCUGCCUGGAGCUUGAAGAGGGAGAUCUGGGUGGCGGGAAGAGCAGAGGACUGUGUGCAGCUCACUGCACGCAGGACUGAGCCUAGGGAAGGCUGCCAAAGAAUGGGUGCCUGGAUGGCUGGAAGAGCAGCAGGACCAUGGACAGGUCUGUGGAGGCAGGCUGAGCCCAGGGGACUGAGCCCAGACCCUAGCCAAACAUUGUGAUGAGUCCUGCUGGUAUUCUUGAAGACUGAGCUCAGGGAGAGCUGCCAAAAGGACAGCAACUGAGGGUACUGAGAUGGGCCCCUGUUGGGCUGUUAAAGAAGGCAAUGUCUCUGGGGAGGAAGCCUGAAUGUUACAGUCCCAUAGCAGGGCCAUGAGAAAGAGCUGGAGACUGUAUACCCCCAAAGGCGGGACAGUGUGUAUGACUUGGCUGGAGGCUGAGUUGUUGAAGGCCUGCUGAAAAAACAUUGGCUGGGUGCGGCGGUGGGGAGAGCUUGUAAGAGGUGUUUGCCACCCUAUUGUAAGAACUGAAAAAAAAACAGGCUCACAUGCAACCAAAAAGGGAGUGCCUGCCAGAGGUGGGUGCUGUGAAAAAGACUGAAUGAUUGCAGGCCCGUAUUGGCCAGAGAGGAGGGUGCCAACGCCGUUGCAGGAAGAAAGGAAGCCAGUGCAAGAUGAGUGGAGAGAGCAAUGAGGAGAGAAGAGGUAGACCACUUAAUACAAUGAUCCUCUUGAACAUCAGAGGCAGGGUACUGCCUGCUCUCAAAGUCUUGAGACAAUGGAAUGCUCUACUCUUCAUCAUAUGCCAGAGAAAACCUGUGGCAUCCUUUCAAGCACAGAUGGCUCGAUUGAAUUCUGAAUCCAGUGUUUCAUCAGGCAGUUCAUCCUUCUGUUCUGAUCCCGUGAACUUCUCAGACCAGGAUAAAGCCCAUCAUGGGUUACCUGAAUUAUUUGAUAAAUGCUGGUGGAUAAAAAACUUUUUCCACUCUGAACCAUCUUCUCCAAAUGUGAAUGGAAAAACAAUAUCGACCAGCAGUGUUGCAAGUUGACUUUACCUGCAGUGAUGUUACUCAUAUAGACUCAUUUAUCUAAAGCUCAGGAUCUUUCAGAUGGCUUCAUUCAGCUGUGUGAAGAAAAUAUACUGCUUGAAACUUCACUUCCAUGAGAAAGUAGAAUUUCACAAAGAUUUGUCAGUAGCUUAAAUGGUUUUGCUUAAGGCAGGCAUAGUUUCUACCUAUGCUGUCCGCUACUGAGUUGUUAAUGUUUGAUAAUUUCCAUUUAAAAAUAUUAAGAAUACAUUUAAGUGGAUUUAAUAUCCUAAUGACUAGCUCAUAUCACUGGAAGAAAUGACAGUAAAAAGUAAGAUCAGCAUAAAGUGGCCAGUGAUUAUCUAGGUUUUAUUCUGUAAGUUGAAAAGGUUCUGUGGACUGUUAGUGUCAAAAAUUUUCAAGGGUGCUGUGACUUAAAACAGAACAGUUUGUGUUUGAAAUGUCUAUUCAGUAAGUAGUAUUUUCCCAUAAGCUUAAGUUUUACUAUAUCAACUGUGCUGACAUAAAUGGAUAUAAAUUAGUUUCAGAUUAAGAUUCUUGUUUUAUAUAAUGGACCUGGCACAUCUUUCCCAAGUGCCAGGUAUAGCAGGUACAUACUGUUAAGAAGGAAGUUUACAAAAAAGUUAAUAGUUUUAAUUGUGGAAAAUCCUAUUCAACAACAAUCAUUAGCUCUGUCCCCUUGUUAUGGCUGAAUAUGGAUUCUGACCUUAAAUACAAGUGUGUACUUCUCAUUCACAUGCAUGCACCUAAGUAUUUGAUGGCAGAACAUGAGGACGUGUCAAAAUCCACAAAAGUUAGACUAUUUACCCUUUUGAUUUGCAGCCAUACUUCACUUUUUUUUAUGCUACUUUUACCUGUUCUACUGUUGGUUAAAGAGCCUCUUGUUUUGUAUUAAGUGCUGUCUAUAAAUUUACCUUAUUGGAUAUGAACUCUUUGACAGUUCCAACUCCUUAAAUAAUCACAGUUCUGUUAUUAACAAUUAUCUCUGUCCAUUAAAUAUAUUUUUACACUAAUCAUGGUUUCCUUUCUUAAAGGAUUCCAAGCUGCUUAAUCUAAUUAUUCACAUAAUCACCACUCAGUGAUGAAUUGCAGCCCUCUCUGGUGUGAAGUAUGGUAGUUUAACAGUGCACAGUUAUACAGCAGCAGUUAUGUUUUGUGAGGCAGAUGAGUGAAAUUGCUUAGGAGAGGGUAUUGCAAAUACUUGGUUUGAGCAUUUCAUAUCCAUAAGUUUCAGGACUAUUUCUCUAUGCAACUUUAUGAUGUAUCAGGUCUGUUCAAGUCACUUACUGAAUUUAUCUGGUACUUUUUUAAGCACUUCAGGUAUUAAGUAACAAAAUGUGUCCUUUUAAAGUAAACAUGUAAACUUUAUCAUGACAUACAGAUAAGUGCCAUGGACAUCUAUAGCACUGAGAAAAUAAUGAAGAAGUAGUUUAUAAUCUAUCUUGAGAUGGUAUACACAGAGUAGGUGAGAACAAGGAUGAAGACAACUGUUAGAAGAAAUAGUGUGCUGGAACUCAUUACAUGAAUAUAAAAAAAGCAAUUUAUCUAUCUAUUUUUGUUUAAAAUGAUCACAUUUUUUGAUCUUAGAAUUAUUUUAAAUGUAUGUUAAGCUAUUCUAUUUUUAUACUAACAUUUUAUAUUAAUAAAGUUUAAUUAUUCUGA